UUCUGCUCUUCUUGUGAAAGACCUUGCACAGGCUCUUCAUACUCUCAUCUCAGCAUGGAGGCUUCCCUGUGCUUUGCGUUGCUGGUUUUUCUUCCAGCGUUCACCUCAACCGUCGCUCUCCCUCAGAAGAGAUCUGCGCAGGGGCAUGGCAGCGAUCUGGAGAUCUACAGCUUCCACGUGGACUGCAAGGUCACCUCCUGCUUCGCCCACAAUGUGCUCACCAGCCGCAUGGCCAAUCGAGCCAACGCGUCCAGAGAGGUCACCUUCGACGUGGAGCUGCCCAAACAUGCGUUCAUCAGCAACUUCAGCAUGACCAUCGAUGGAAAGACGUAUGUUGGUGUGGUGAAGAAGAAGGAAGAGGCCAAGCAGCAGUAUGAUCAGGCUGUGUCCCAGGGGCAGAGCGCUGGACUGGUCAAAGUCUCCGGGAGGAAGAUGGAAGAGUUCAAGGUGUCGGUGAACAUCGCGGCGCUCAGCAAGGUCACCUUUGAGCUCACCUACGAGGAGCUGCUGAAGCGACACCUGGGGAAGUACGAGCUCGCCAUCAAAGUGCGGCCGCAGCAACUGGUCAAACACUUCAAGAUCGAUGCUCAUAUCUAUGAACCUCAGGGCAUUAGCUUUUUGGAUGCGCACGCAGCAUUUCUAACUAACGACUUGGCAGAGACCGUGAAGAAGACAUUAACCCAGGACAAGGCCCACGUUGUGUUUGAACCAACACUGGACCAACAGCGCAAGUGUCCGGAAUGCUCUGAAAGCAUCUUAGACGGAGAGUUCAUCAUUAAAUAUGACGUGAAGAGAGAAGCAUCAGCAGGAGAUAUCCAGAUCGUGAACGGAUACUUUGUUCACUAUUUUGCGCCCACGGACCUGCCGAGGAUGCGGAAGAAUGUGGUAUUCGUGAUAGAUCGCAGUGGCUCCAUGUACGGGAAGAAAAUGCAGCAGACUCGGGAAGCUCUUCUGAAGAUCCUAGAAGACAUUCAUGAAGAUGAUCAUUUCGGCUUGAUAACGUUCGACAGCGAGGUCUCGACUUGGAAAAGUACUUUAGUUCAAGCUACUCCCGAGAUGGUGCAGCAGGCCAAAACUUUCGUGGGCCGCAUUACAGACCGAGGAGCAACCGAUAUAAACGCAGCUGUUCUGAAAGGAGUGGAAAUGCUGAAGAUUUCCAAGGAAGAGAGGAAGCUCCCUGAACGCAGCGUCUCCAUUAUCAUUCUGCUGACUGAUGGCGAUCCCACAUCCGGCGUCACUAACCUGGAGCAGAUCCAGUUCAAUAUAAAGAAAGGGAUUGAAGGCCUCUACACGCUGUACUGCCUGGGCUUUGGCUUUGACGUUAAUUACAACUUCCUGGAGAAGCUGGCCCUGGAGAACGGGGGCGUGGCUCGGCGGAUCUACGAAAGCUCUGACUCCGUCUUGCAGCUCCAGGGGUUUUAUGAAGAGGUGGCGACCCCUUUGCUGCAGCAGGUUGAGCUGCAGUACCCGGGCAACGGGGUCUCUGAUCUGACAGAAAAUGUUUUCAGACAUUACUACAACGGCUCCGAAAUUGUGGUCGCUGGACGUAUUUCCAAAAACGACCUGGAGAUACUGAGUGUACAGAUAAAAGCAGGGGCAUCCAGCAGCGACCUGACCCUCGCAGCCGAGACGCCGGUGGAGGAGCAGGACGAAGCUGUGAAGAAGCAUAAGUACAUUUUCGGAGAGUACAUCGAGAGGCUCUGGGCUUACCUGACCAUCCAGCAGCUGCUGUCAAAGAUUGUUUCAGCUCAGCCUGAAGAGCGCGAAGCCCUCAAUGAGAAAGCUCUGCAGCUCUCUCUGAACUAUAACUUUGUGACUUCGCUGACAUCGAUGGUGGUGACCAAACCUGAGGAAGGGCAAACGGACCGAACCAUGGUGGCACACAAGCCAACUGAAGCAGAGCAAGGAGACAGAGUUGACUUCAGUCACCAUGGACUAGUGGGUGCAGCAAUAUUACCGGUUAAACCAGGUCGUACCUCAAGCAGAGGUUCUUAUCUCAAGUUUUCAUCCGCACAACAGGCUCUUCCCUCCAGGCACCCCAAACGUGUUCAUUCUCCAAUUGUCUCAUUGGCCUCUGUUCACUACGAUAUGCCAGUGGCCUCUGUUCACUACGAUAUUCAAGUGGCCUCUGUUGACUACGAUAUGCCAGUGGCCUCUGUUCACUACGAUAUGCCAGCUCCACAACCAACCCAUAGAGCACGACCAACCCAUACAGCACGGCUAACCCAAAAAGCACGGCCAACCCAUAAAGCACGGACAACCCAUACAGCACGACCAACCCAUACAGCUCCACCACCAACCCAUACAGCAGAUGAAAACCCGCGGUUUGUAAUCCCAGUGAAAAAUAAACAGCGGUCCGUGUGCUUUGAGAUCACUGCUCCAUCCGACGGUGUCAUUCUGCAGCUGGUCAGUGAUGCAGACUCAGGAAUCACAAUCAACGGAGAGCUGGGAGAGGCUGGGAAAAGUGCAUUCCAAAAGAUAGGAAUUGUUUACAAAGAUCUGUACGAAAUAGAGUUUAACACACAAGGACUCUCCCUGGUCAAUAAAACUGAUAAUUCCAUUCAAACACUGAGCUGGAGCCCUAUGAACAUCGUGUUGGACAGCCUCUCUCUAUCCUCUUCAAACGGGAGGACCACUGAAGUGACUCUGGGGAGCACGGUCAUUGAGGUUUUACUGCAUCGUUCAAGACAAGACUUUCUGUGGCUCAAAAUAAAACUGAAUGAUUUCUCUGCAGGAAGCACUGGGCUGCUGGGUCGGUUUUCUAGACAGUUGUCUGUAAAAGAAGGUAAAAUUGGCAGUAAAGUCUUGAUUGAAGUAUAUGGGCACGAUGUGACUGUGACCAGGGAUUUCACAAUCGAUUACGGAACGCUGUCUAAAGACAGAGUCUCUUGCUGGGUUGUCCCAGACGGUGGACGAGGAGCAAUCGAAGGCUCUUACAGCGACUACGUUGUCCAGACUUUGUUUCAAAAACCAUAAAAGCCUUUCAAUGCUUACUGUUUUGAUGACUGGCUGACAAACCAAUAAAAGACAAAUCUGUAUACUCUU